CCGAAUGCACCUGUCAUUUACACAACAAAUUCAAACGCAAUAGUUUCUUGAAAUGUACCCAAAAUAACUCAAAAAUGAGUUCAAUAUUAAAAUUUAUUCGUGAUAAUCACAUAUUGGCCAUAAUAGAAUCAGCAGUAGUAAAAAAAAAGUCAAGACUGAGCCUCAAUGCGUUCGAUAUCACAGAAAUUCCCAGCCUUUUGUAUACCUGUUACGAAGUCGAGCAUCUUUACCUACAUAGAAACAAAAUAACAACAAUAUCAGUGGAAUUAACACAGUUAUUAAACUUGACGACGCUGACCCUUGAUUAUAACAACAUAAGUUCCUUGCCACCGGAGAUAGGGAGCUUGAAAAACCUCGUGAACUUAAAUUUGAGUUACAAUCCUUUACAAGUGUUGAUUCCCGAGAUUGGUGAACUGGAGAACCUUGAGGCGUUCUGGUGCAACAGGAUAGGGCUUCGGGAGAUACCAAAGGAAAUUGGGAACCUCAGUAAGUUGGAUACCUUCGGGGCGCGAGGAAAUCUACUCAAAACUAUACCGGAGGAGAUGACCAAACUGUCAAAAUUGAGGUGGCUGACCCUAGAGCACAAUGAGAUUGAGAACUUACCGAACACCCUUGGAGCCCUAGAAGCCCUGGUACACUGUAAUCUGCGGCACAACAACCUCAGGGAAUUCCCGAUGUCCGUGCUGCAGUGCGGUGAUCUCAUGUUUCUACAGCUUAAUAAUAACCAGAUAUCCAGCUUACCAGAGGACUUCGACAUAAAUUCCCUGCAAGUGUUAGAAAUGAUAGACAUGAGGGACAACCCCAUCUGUGAGCUUGACCAUCCUAAACACAUGCUCAUCCGCUACGCGGACGUGUCAGCGCAGAGCUCGCUGAGCGAGAUAGCGUCGGCGUCGGGGUCGGGGCGGCACGCGGCCGCGCUGGCCGUCAACGCCACCGCGCUGCGCCUGCCGGCCGUGCCCGGCCCCAGGCGGCUCGACAACCACGCCUUCAUGGCUGAAAUGGACUUGGACGCAUCCUCGGUAGACUCCUCUGAAGACUGGGAGAACAGCGUGAACAGCUCGGAGCUGGACGUGCAGUAUCAGAGCGACGAGGAGCGCGCCGACAAUGAGAUCGCUCAAUUCUUCCAGGCCGUGGGCAUGGUGUUGCCAGAGCUGUCCCGCUACGCCUCCACCGCCAGUUAAGCUGGCAACACUGGGAGGAUAAUUAUGAUUAGGGCGUGAAUUGGCCAGAGCUGUUCCGAUGCUCCACCGCUAGUAGAACAAGCAACGCAGCGAGAAAAAUUUGUGAUUAUUUUGAACAAAUCGUUUAGCAACUGUUUCAUUUGACAAUGCAAAUUGAAAUGUGAUUAUUCCUGUCUAGAAGAACUGUAAACAUUCAUGUUAAGACAAUUGAACCUGUGCUUAUGACAUGUUGUUAUAAAAUAAGUUCGAAUAGAUCUUUUUUUAGGUCGAUUAAAUACUGUAAACAUUUCUGAAAGUUAUACACUCCGUAUUUAAGCAUCUUGAAGAUCUGACUGUACCAAAAAGCUUAUAAAUACUGAAUGUUAAACAAAAAAUUGAGGUAAGGAGAUUUCAGCUUUAUUUGCGGUGCAUGUACUCUGUCUCUGUCUUCAGGGUGACUUCCUUGAACAUAUCAACAAAAAAUCUAAUUAUUUAACGGGAAAAAGGGAAUCAUUCUCUAGAAAGAGCCAGAAGAAUUACAAUUGAAUAAACUCAGCCUCAAAAUAUUUCGUCAGGUGACAACCAAAACUCAAUAAUUACUAAAAAAUACCCAUUAAACAAAAAUCAACCUUAUUGCAGUACUAAUAUGGUUCACUAUGGUUAUGAACUCUGUUUGUGUCUUCAGGGUGACUUCCUUGAACAUAUCUUUAAAAAAAUAUCUAAGAAUUUAACGGGGAAAAGGGAACCAUUCUGUAGAAAGAGCCAGAAGAAUUACAAUUGAAUAAACCGAUCCUCAAAAUAUAUCGUCAGGUGACAACGAAAACUCACUAAUUACUAAAAAAUACCCAAUAAACAAAAAUCAACCUUAUUUACUAAUAUGGUUCACUAUGGUUAUGAACUUGUGGUGGUAAUUAGUGAGUUUUGGUUGUCACCUGAAGAUAUACGUCAACCUUCAGUGUUCUUAUCAGACUCUUAGGAUCUAUUGGCUAUUUCAGAGAUGUUUCAUGAUAGCGUAAUUUGACAAUAUAAAUCGACACGAGUUGCGAAUUACCUAUUCGCACAUGUAUCGUACAACGUUUUACAGUACAUAUGGCCCUUUAAAUUUGACAUACGCACGGAAAGUGCUCUUUCCCCCACUAGUGCGGGAAAGUAGCACCAUAUGUACUGUAAAGAGUAUUUAUAUUCUAUUGUAUUGUAAUAUAUGCGUUUGUACGGGACAGCUCAUGGAAUGACCCUUUUUCAAAUGAGACAGUUGACUAUAAACACCCUCUUUGAACCUUAGUCUUUACAAUGAGGUUUACAAUAUCGUCAGGUGACAAGCAAAACUCACUAAUUACUAAGAAAACAUGAAACAAAAAUCAACCUUAUUCCGGUAAUAAUAUGGUUCACUAUGCCUAUUAACUUGUGGUAGUAAUUAGUGAGUUUUGCUUGUCACCUGACGAUAUGUCAUAACUGACAAUAGUUUGGAUAUAGUUUGCCAAAUUGUUGGUUUGAUAAUAUUAAACCCUUGGUGCUGAAGUUUGGGCCAAACUUUAGAAAUGUUAUGUUACUGGUGGCGCCUAAAUUGCACUGCCGUUCCUAUUAAAAAAAAACAUGAAUGCCAUAGAUAUUUUUUAAAUUAUUCCUAGUUUAAUAAAGGCCAAUGGACAAAUCUAAUUAAUUUCGUCACAAUUUCUGUAAAAAUGUUAUGAAUUAAAAUUUUAUUUUAAUUUAUGAGGGUUUAAGAUACCUAUUUAAUUGCUUCCUAUAGCUUUUAACAGUGACGGCCCAAGUAAAUAAUAAAUGUAACAUCUUUUAAUAUUAUUUUUUAAAUUACAUUUGGCUUAAGAAAAUAAAAUUUAGGCAGAAUCCAGAGACUUGUACAGGUGGGAGCUUAGAGCAUUUAAUAACUGGAGUCGCCUUUAAGACCUUACCCCUCUGACUUUUGUAUGAACUGACAUGGCUAUUUGUACGUUACCUACAAAUCAUGUAGAAAUAGCAAUACAUUUGACGUAGCCUCCCCCGCAAAAAUCGGCAGACUGUUUCGUAAAGAAAAUGACAGCGAUGACAUCUCCAGACUAAAUGCUCUAAGGGUGGGAGAAAUGAAUUUGUCGAAAAUAGUUAAUACCCCUUAUGUUACCAAUGUACCUAUUGUUGUAUUUGUAUAGCAAAGUUUAACCGCCACCGUCGGCUAUAGCCGGCAAAGUUACAGCGUAAAUUCAACCAUAAUAAAUUCUAAUAAAGUUCAUUGUGGCAUGUGAUAUAAAGUUCUUUAUGUGAUACAAAAAGCUUCAACUCUCCCAACCCAAAUGUUGAAAACUCGGAAUUCUCUUAAGUUUACCAUGCCUAGAUUAUUUUUAAUACUUAAUACAUUUCAUCAGACUAUACUCUGUAUCUUUAGGUACUUAAAUAAAAGUAAACAAAUAAUUUGUACAUUUUCGGGUACUUAUAACAUUUAUUGAUUAACCAACUAAAUACAAAACCACCUGGUUCUGUCACUGAACGACCUGACUUUAACCUACAUUAUUUGAUCAUGUAAUGUUUUCAUCUACCCUCAACCGGCUUUAGAAGCCAUUGAGGGUAGAUUUUGUUUACUCUUUUUUAAAUACCUAAAGAUAGUAAAAAUACAGACUAUAGCUAGUGUCAUUUUUUUAACCCAUACUUGCCCAGUGUGUCGUAUCCGCCCCAUUGUUUUUUUUUUUAGCUUUACCUUAAAAAGCGAGAGUUGUUUAUUAUUGUUAAUCGAUGCAGAUAAAUGUCAGAAUAUAGUUUAUAUUUAGAAUGCGUUCAAAAUUACUAAAUUGCUUAUACCAGUAACUUUAACUUGAAGUAGCUUUGCUUUAAAAGUUUAUUUUAAGGUGUUUAAAUAAAUAUUUUAUCGACUGUGAUAGAAUUUUCGGCAUAAUCUGCAUUGAAAUAACUUUGUUUAAGUUUACACUGUUAAUAAAAAAAAACUAUUUUUAUAAUAAUUGUCAAAGGUUGGUAAUUAUUUUUUAGGUUAUUCAUACUUUGCGUACCAUUUUCCGUUUUUACUACUACAACUUACCUUCAAUUAGCCUUUUAGUAAGCCAGUGUUUAAUACCAGAUCAAGAACAAAAGAAUAAACUAAAGACUAAAAAGUAGAGAUGCCCCGAAUAGUGGUUUCGGCCGAAUACCGAAUAUUCGGCCCCUCUCUCUGCUGAAGCGCCGAAUAUUCGGCACGACACGCGAACAUUUUGUGUCACAAUUAUUAUGAAAACAACAGAACUAAUGAAUGUAGUUAGAGUCAAUCAAAUCAGACCCAUGAUAAAAAUAUUUUUUUUUGUAAUUAAACAAAUGCUCAAAAAGGAUCUUCGUAUUUAACAACUUUCCAAGAAUACAUUUUAAAUAUACCAGUUUUUGGUUAUUUUUGUUGUGUAAUUUUUCUUUUUAGGUAGGUGCAACAGGUAUUCAAAAUAUAGGUAUCGGCAAAAUGGCCGAAUAAGACGAAUACCGAAUAUUCGUGGCAUCUCUAUUAAAAAGGUCGAUGGCGUUAAAGGGUUAUAAAGGUAAUUAAUAAAUAUGAUUCAAGAGCUAAAAAUAUUGCUAGUUAAAAAAAAAAUUGCUUAUUAUAACGAUUUAAAAGACAAAAGUACAUCCAUUAGUUAAACCUAUUUUCUAAGGUAUGAAGUUAAAACUUUUGUUUAAUAGUUUUUCCUCUAGACUUUUUGGACCUAUCAAGGCUUAGUGGGUACAGAUGUAGUGCAUAAUUGUUUUCCAUCGUAUUUUCUCGGAAACGUUCGUAUUUGUCAUGCUACUUCCGUCAAUCUCAGUCCUUUUUGUAUCGAGACUGACUGAAAUAGGAAGGCACGUUCGUACGUUUCCGUGAAAAUACGAUGGAAAAUAAUUAUGCGCUAUAUCUGUAUAAGUAAUAGUUUAUCCCCUAGAAUUUUUGGACUUAUCAAGGUUUAGUUUAGUGGGUAACAGGUAUAAUAUAUCAAUCCAGUAAAGUACCAAAACCAAAGCAUAAAGGUAACAAAAUGUAAUAAAACCUGUGCAUUGAUUCUCCAUUUUUGGGACACAAUUAAUCUUUUGACCGCCACCGUCGGUUAUACGCAUACUCAUUUAUUCAUAAAGCCAAUUUACAUGUCAAAAUAAAAUUAGAAUUAUACAGUUAAAAUUGAGAUCAAAACUAAAAUAAAA